AGACCCCCGGCCCGCCCCCCCCUCGGGCCCCUCGGGCCACUUGGCCUGGCCACAACAUGUUCUCCAGGAAGAAGCGGGAGCUCAUGAAAACCCCUUCUAUCUCGAAAAAGAACCGGGCGGGAAGCCCCUGUCCGCAGCCCUCGGGGGAGCUCCCCAGGAGAGAUGGGGCUGAUGCAGUGUCCCUGGCGCCCAGCCUGGAACCACCAAGUGUGGCCUUGAAUGCCAAGGCCACGGGCACACUCAAGAGGCCCACCAGCCUAAGCCGCCAUGCCAGUGCUGCCGGCUUCCCACUGUCCGGAGCCAGCACCUGGACGCUGGGCCGUGGCCACCGCAGCCCACUGUCAACAGCCAGCCCAGCUGAGGGACCCAUCCAGGGACCCUGCCCCGACACUGUGGAGGACAUCUCCCACCUGCUGGCUGACGUGGCCCGCUUCGCCGAGGGCCUUGAGAAGCUGAAGGAGUGUGUUCUGCGUGAAGACCUCCUAGAGGCCCGCCGGCCGCUUGCCCAUGAGUGCCUGGGUGAGGCCCUCCGCGUGAUGCACCAGGUCAUCUCCAAGUACCCACUGCUGAACACCGUGGAGUCGCUCACAGCUGCCGGCACCCUCAUUGCCAAGGUCAAAGCCUUCCAUUAUGAGUGCAACAAUGAUUCAGACAAGCAGGAGUUUGAGAAGGCCUUGGAGACCAUCGCAGUCUCCUUCAGCAGCACUGUGUCCGAGUUCCUCAUGGGUGAAGUGGACAGCAGCAUCCUCCUCUCAGUGCCCCCUGGGGACCCGGGCCAGUCCAUGGAGAACCUGUAUGGACAGGGGAGCGAGGGUGCCCCGCCCAGCAGUGAGGACUGUGAUGAGGGCUGCCUCUCCCCGGAGGCGGUGGACACGCUGCUGCAGCGCUGUGAGGGGGGUGUGGACGCCGCGCUGCAGUACGCCAAGAACAUGGCCAAGUACAUGAAGGACCUCAUCGGCUACCUGGAGAAGCGGAGCGCGCUGGAGACGGACUUUGCCAAAGGCCUGCAGAAGAUCGUCCAGAACUGCAGACAGAGCGUCAUGCAGGAGCCGCACAUGCCCCUCUUGUCCAUCUACUCGCUGGCCCUGGAGCAGGACCUGGAGUUCGGCCACGGCCUGGUGCAGGCGGUGGGCACGCUGCAGACCCAGACCUUCGUGCAGCCCCUGAACCUGCGGCGGCUCGAGCACGAGAAGCGCAGGAAGGAGAUCAAGGAGUCUUGGCACCGUGCCCAGAGGAAGCUGCAAGAGGCAGAGUCCAAUCUGCGCAAGGCCAAGCAGGGCUACGUUCAGCGCUGCGAAGACCACGACAAGGCCCGCUUCCUAGUGGCCAAGGCGGAGGAAGAGCAGGCGGGCGCUGGCCCAGGUGCAGGGGGCGCGGCCUCCAAGACCCUGGACAAGAGGCGGCGCCUGGAGGAGGAGGCCAAAAACAAGGCGGAGGAAGCCAUGGCCACGUACCGCACGUGCGUGGCGGAUGCUAAAACGCAGAAGCAGGAGCUUGAGGACACCAAGGUGACGGCACUCCGGCAGAUCCAGGAGGUCAUCCGGCAGAGCGACCAGACCAUCAAGUCGGCCACCAUCUCCUAUUACCAGAUGAUGCACAUGCAGACGGCCCCGCUGCCUGUGCACUUCCACAUGCUGUGCGAGAGCAGCAAGCUGUACGACCCGGGCCAGCAGUACGCCUCCCACGUGCGCCAGCUGCAGCGCGGCGAGGAGCCAGACGUGCACUACGACUUCGAGCCCCACGUCUCCGCCAACGCCUGGUCCCCGGUCUUGCGCGCCCGAAAGGGCAGCUUCAACGUCAGCGAUGCCGCGGUGGCGGAGGCCGCGGGCUGCCCCCCGCAGGAAGGUGGGCUCGGCGACGGGGAGCUUGCCAAGGAGCGCAGGGGUGGGCGCGGACACCAGGUGCACAAGUCGUGGCCGAUCGCCAUCUCAGACUCUGACGCCAGUCUGGACCCCAGCCCUGGCUCAGGGGACUUUAAGAAGUUCGAGCGCAUGUCUUCCAGUGGCACCAUGUCGUCCAGCGAGGAGCUGGCCGACCAGGAGGGCAGCACAGGCGCAUCAGCCUUUGACCAGGAUGACCUCAAUGGCAUGGCCCCGGAGCUGCCUGUGGCCAUGCCCAGAGGGCCCUUCCGCCACGUGGGGCUGUCCAAGGCGGCCCGUACCCACCGGCUCCGGAAGCUCCGCACGCCGGCCAAGUGCCGGGAGUGCAACAGCUACGUGUACUUCCAGGGCGCCGAGUGUGAGGAGUGCUGCCUGGCCUGCCACAAGAAGUGCCUGGAGACCCUGGCCAUCCAGUGUGGCCACAAGAAGCUGCAGGGCCGCCUGCAGCUCUUUGGCCAGGACUUCAGCCAGGCCGCCCGCAGCACCCCGGACGGCGUGCCCUUCAUCGUCAAGAAGUGUGUCUUCGAGAUCGAGCAGCGGGCGCUGCGCACCAAGGGCAUCUACCGGGUCAAUGGGGUGAAAACGCGUGUGGAGAAGCUGUGCCAGGCCUUCGAGAACGGCAAGGAGCUGGUGGAGCUGUCGCAGGCCUCGCCCCACGACAUCAGCAACGUCCUCAAGCUCUACCUGCGCCAGCUGCCUGAGCCGCUCAUCUCCUUCCGCCUCUACCAUGAGCUUGUGGGGCUGGCCAAGGACAGUCUGAAGGCAGAGGCCGAGGCCAAGGCGGCAACCCGAGGCCGGCCAGAUGCCACCGAGAGAGAGGCUGUGGCCGUGGCCAUGGCGGGCCGGCUGCGGGAGCUCCUGCGGGACCUGCCGCCGGAGAACUGGGCCACGCUGCAGUACCUGAUGCGGCACCUGCGCAGGAUCGUGGAGGUGGAGCAGGAUAACAAGAUGACACCAGGGAACCUGGGCAUCGUGUUUGGGCCCACGCUGCUGCGGCCCCGGCCCACGGAGGCCACCGUGUCCCUCUCCUCCCUGGUGGACUACCCCCACCAGGCCUGCAUCUUGGAGACCCUCAUCAGCCACUACAGCCUGGUCUUUGAGGAGGAGCCCGAGGCGGCAUCCGGGUGCCAGGAUGUGACGUCCAACCAGGGGGCCGAGGUGGUGGUCCAGGAGCCGUACCCGGAGGUCAGCGGGGGCGUGGCCUUCCCCCUGCCGGAGGAGGCUGAGGAUGGGGGCCUCGAACCCCACGCUGCCUCCAAUGACUCCGACUCAGAACUGGAGGAGGCCUCGGACCUGCCGUCCCCGGCGGGUGGGGCGGCCCUGCACCGCCUCGGCUUCCUGGAGAAGCUGGGUGGCGAGGCGGGCGCGGAGGGCAGCCGGGACAGCCGCAGCGGCAGUGAGGAGCAGCUGGGCACUGCCACCGGGGAGGGGGAGGAUGGGCCCGGGCCUGGGGUCUGGGAGGACCUCGGGGAGGAGCCGGCCCAGCGGCUCGCCGAGCACAAUACCAACCAGUGCAACAACGUGGCUGCGGCCCGCCUGCCAGCCGUGAGGCUCCGCGGCGGGCGGCUGGCAGGGGGCGCAGGCUGGGAGAGGCGGCCAGAGUUCGUGUAGCUGGGGCAGCGGGCAGGUCUGCUCCAGGCUCCUGUCCCUGCAGACACGUUACCGAGAGGCCUCUCCUUCCGCCCACAGCGGCAAGGGCAUCACUGGCCAACUUUUCCAGAAGCUUCUGCCCGCGCUGCUCCGCACACCCACCAGGCCCCACUCCGCUGAGCUGGGGGAUUCUGCUCUUGGGGUCGCCCAGGCUGUGAUGGAGGGACCCUGCCCACCCUGGCGCUGGGCCGUGGAGGCCACACGGCAGCCGGGAGGAGGGCUGGACGCCUUUGUGGAUGGUGGGCGGGCGGCCUCGGGAUGCCCUGGCUUUUACGGAAAACUGGGUUUGGAUACCUGGGGCUGAGGAGGCAGUGAAGUUCCAAGAUGGAGUUCUUUGACAGGCACACUCCUUUUGCAUAAAAUAAAGUCU